GCUUAAUCUCUAAACUCACCAUGAUUAAGAACAUAAGCAAUAUGAAGAAUUAUAACGAGAAACGUGGAAGAUGUUGUGAGUACAUUGAAGCUCUUGAAGAAGAACGCCGCAAGAUCAAUGUCUUCCAACGCGAGCUUCCUCUUUGCUUAGAGCUGGUCACUCAAGCAAUCGAGGCAUAUAAGAAGGAGAUAUCAGGGACGACGAUGGAGAAUGUGUACGGACAGUCGGAGUGCUCGGAGCAAACCACCGGAGAAUGUGGGGCUAUCUUGGAUCUAUUCGUACCAAUCAAACACUCUCCAACCUCCAUAGAAGGGGAAGAAGAAGAGGUUGAUGAACACGACGACGACGAUGAUGAUGAUGAUGAUGAUGAACAUGAAUCUCAUGAAACCGACAUAGAUUUCGAUGACAAGAACAUGAAAUCUGAAUGGCUCAAGUCUGUGCAGCUCUGGAACCAACCCGACGCAGUUCCUUCUAAGAAACUGGAACGCUCACAACAGGAGUCAGGAACGGUGGUAGAAGCGAUCAAAGGGAAUGACAACAGAGCAGCGUCUCAUCGGCUGCCAUGUUAUAAAACGAGCAACGGGGAAAACGACGACACAAAAUCUCUGGCGACUAUUAGCGGCGGAAGCGGUCCACAAAAGAAGGAAGCGGAGAAAAACAUCGGUGGAAGCAGCAGCGGAAGAGGGCGUAGAAAGCAGAGGCGGUGUUGGUCGCAGGAGUUACACAAACGCUUCUUAAACGUUCUCAAACAGCUUGGUGGCCCUCACGUAGCUACGCCGAAACAGAUAAGAGAGCUAAUGAAGGUUGAUGGAUUAACAAAUGAUGAAGUCAAAAGUCAUUUACAGAAAUACAGGCUGCAUACAAAACGACCUAGCCAAACAAUUUCUAACAACAUAAACUCUCAAACGCAACAUUUCGUGGUCGUCGGUGGCAUAUGGGUCCCACAGGCUAGCCACUCCACGGCCAACGCCGUAGCAUCGGGUGAGACCAGCACUGGGAUUUACGGUCCUAUGGUCAGUGCGUUGCCGUCGGAGUGGCCGAGCCAUUCCAAUUUUUGCCGGACGAUUUCGGAAGAAAGAUCAAGAUGCUCUAACAAAGGAAUUCUUCGGUGUAGCUCACCAGCAAUGUCUUCUUCUACUCGUACAAAGACUAAAUAUGCAAAAUAUCAUAAUUUUUGUAAAAAGUAUUAUUGAUUAAUAAUCAAGUUAAAAAAAGUUAUACACAUUGAUGAUUUUUUUGAUGAAAGGGUUUAUAUUACUAAUACAUAGGAUACUAUAAUUUCUACAAUAUAUUUUCACAUUGUUGCUAUCAUAUAUGAAAAUCAAAGGUUCAUAUUAAAUUUUGAAUCACCAGCUGUGCAAUUCUAAAUUAUUAAGUUGGUGCAUUUUGUUUAGCGAAUAUAUUUGACCACGUUAGUCUAAACAUUUACAGAUGGAAUCCAUCAAAACCGGUUAUAUGAAAUUAAAAUAUAAACCAUCUUCUUAAUUCCUACAUAUAUAUUAAAUCUUUCUAAACCUCAGAGUCAUACAAAGAAACGAAAUUAUUGAUAUUAACAUAUGUUUAGAAAUAUUCAUAUUUAAAGGGUUAACUCUGAAUAUUGGAGGAGAUUAUCGACUUUAAGACCGAAAACUUUUACAAUUAAUUCAAAAGAAACAUAUCUUUAGGAAACUUUAGCCACCACAACUAUACUAAUUUCUUCCUUAAUAUAUGUGUUGUCGGCCACGUUUAUGCAUACUAAUAAAGUUAUAAGAUACAGAAGACAUUAGAGAAAAUAUACUAUGUCUUGAGAAAAAGAAGAAAAUAUACUAUAUCUCGUUAGCCGGAAGUAUAUGGGCUUAUUCAUGGGAAGAAUAUGCUGGAAUCUGAAGAGCAUAGUUUGCAAAUUUUCUAUAAAGAAAAUACACACUACUUUUUUAGUUAUAACUUUAUUCACUUGUUGCUAGAUUAAUAUUAAGACAAUUGUGCACGUUGGGCUCCUAUUCGUAGAGUGUAUUAUUCUUUAUUUGUUACCUUUAGUUUUGUAAUGCUGUUCAAUUGUUAUCUAUGACCCCGUAAAUCUUAAAUCGAAAUCAAGAUUUAAUCUGAAAACAUGUUUUUUUUUUUUUUUUUUUUUUUUCAACAAAGACAUUUUAUAUCAUACUUAUUCUCCAUCAAUAGAGAAAAUGUUUACAAAAUGCAAAAACAAAGCCAAAUGGGCGAAAGAAACCGAUGCAACAACAGCAUAUCGGAAAGCUAACAUAAGAGAGAUAGAGGCAGACACAACACUUAACACACUAAGACCAACCCCAAUGGUAACACCAAGAGAUCUAAUAAAUGUUCUUAAGAAUAUAAUUGAAUAAAAAAAUUAUAAAGAGUGUCUUAACUUUUAGACCAGUGUCUAAAUUAGGAUCUUUAUUCUUAUUUAAGAACGAACACGUGGCAGAUUAUAAGUGGAUAGGGAAAAUUGACAAAAAAAUAUUUCAUUUUUAUUUUUCGUUUCUGUCUUCCUCUUUCUCUCUAACUGAUUCAGUUCGGUUCGGUUUGCUGAAUCGAACGGUUACCCAAAAUUUUUUUUUAUUAAGAAAAACAAAUUAUACCAAAAUAUAUCAAAUUAUACCGAAUCGAAUAUUCAAACUAUCCGAAAAUAUCCGAAAUAAUCCGAAUCUAUCCGAAAUUAACCGAAUUUAACCUAAUUUAAAAAAAAAAAUUAAAAGUUUGGAUAGUUUCAGAUAAGAAACUUCGGUUAUUUUCGGUAGAAUUUCAGUAAUACAAACUAUCUGAUUAUCCAAAUUAUCCGAUUUAAAUUAUCCGAAGUAUCCGAAAUCUCAUGCCUAGCAACAAGCACUAGAAUUCUAAAGGAGAAGGCUUUUCAGCAAGCAUUGAAUUGCAUUUCUAUAAUUUAUAUGUUUAUAUGUAUUACCUUUGUGAAAAUAUAUUAUGAUUUAAAAUUUGUUAAAAUAAAUUUUACAUAAAUUUAUUAAUUUUUUUUUUAAGACACUCAUCAAAGUGUCUCCAUUGUAUGCUUAAAAACAACAAAAUUCUACUAAGUGUCUUAUAUAUAUAAAGUACACAAAAUAUUAAUAAUUAAUCAUUAAGACCUUUUAUAGUGGUGUUACCAUUGGGGUUGCUCUAAAAAGAUGGAAGAAGUCCUCUAAACUCAGUACCAUUAGUGUUAAAAAGUGAGGUGCAGCGAUAGAGCUUAGAAAGCAUGGCUAGCGAUACCACAUGUGAAACCUGAAUCCUGGAGCGCCAAGGGAAGAGCAAAGGCUUCGCGAAACAUGAGCUGUAGAGGUGAAUGGGAGUUGUUGAUGAGACUGGACCGAAACAUAGUGAGGUCCACUAAACCAUCAGCAAAAUAAUACUGGAGGAAACCGAUUAGAUCAUCCUCACAAUAGCCAAAACUCUUGAUUCCAUCCUCUGCUAAACCUGAAAAGACAGGUAAAUAUAGCAAAGACCCAAUAGUUCGAAAUGAACACAGUGGGGAAGUUUGAAAAUCAUCCUCAUCCUGAGAUAAAAGAUAGCUUAGAGACAACCUAAAAUCCUCAUACUGAGGUAACGUAAACCACUUAUGGAAGAAGUCGAAGUCUGAUAGGAGCCAAAAACCAGAAAUAAGUAACUUGUUCCAAGGGGUAGCAAAUACAUAACCUUUCGAAGCAAGGAGGGUGGAGGGCUUAUCUGGCGGGUCUGGUGGGACAGGAAGGGCCAGAGGGUCUGGAGGAGCGAAAAUCCUGAGCAGGUAUGGGGGAACCUUCGUCCUCGACAAGUCUGGAUUUGGCGGAGACAGAACAAAGGGGUCACCACACACAACGACCAAGAGCUCUGGAAACAUCUUUCUCGGCGGCGGAUCUGGCGUCUGCGACAAAGUGAGGGACUUACUUGGGAACUCAGUCCUCAAAAGCUCCACAAAGCCCUUCGAUAAUUCCAUCGGAGAUAGAUCAGUUUCGACAACCGCUGAGAACAUAUCUAAAAGUAGAGAAGUGACCGGUGGAAGAUUUGGAUCUGGAUCCGGAUGAGGAAAAAGGAGAGGUGAAUCUAAAUCCCGUGUUAACACUAACAGAGUCAUGACAGGAAGGAAAAGGAAGAAGGAAGAAAAGAAGAGGAGGGAGAAAGGAGAGAUUCUCGCCGGUGGGCGUGAGGCCUCACCGACAGCGGCACACAAAAGGGAAAACCCUAAAUCGAGAAACGAGAACCCUUCAAAAAAUCUGAAAACAUGUUAAAACUACAUUUUCAUGCCAAUUAAUUUUCUGGUUCGAUCAUUUCAUAUGGCUCUAUAACGGGGCUAUACACUAGAGUUUAGCACCAAAUUGAUGGAUUUUUAAAAGUUGACUAAAUAAUUUUAGUUGAAAUAGGAAGACCAUCGGGAAACUCGAAUCUAGAGAAAAGCUAUUGGCGUUCUCGAUAUUUCAAAUCUUCAGCUUCAAUAAUAUUUUAACUAUUUUUACGAUUCUAUAGAUAUGCGUACGUAUAUAUAUAUAUAUAUAUAUUAUAUAAAAUAAAUAAAAUAAUUUGAUGAUAGAUCCGAAAGAACAGAAACCGGAUUAGGG